UAUAAAUACACUUACAUGUCAUAAAGACAGAAAGGCUAAUACAGCUUUUAACUUUUUUCAGCGAGAUGCAUCUCACAACACUAAAGACAAUCGCCCAGCUCUCCAGAGAAUGCAAUAAUCCCUGUGCAAACGCUCCAAUGUUGCCUCACCACGGGAGGAAGUAAUACACUUUCAGAAAAGCUAAUUAUUAGCCUGAAACACACGGCGACCAUCGAGCUCCAGCAUAAAUGUGUUCCACUGCGCUGUUCUCCAUGACCACCACUGUCAAAUGAUCAAUGUACAGUACAUUUAGAGGAUUAGACAAAAUGAAUAGCAGCCAUCGAGAUAAUCUGCCAUGGCAAUUACAUCGGGUUUUGGUUCCUACUUUGGACGCAAUAGUCAUGGUGAUCGGGUUGGUGGGCCACUCUCUGGUCAUCUAUAUCCUGACCGGAUACAGGAGAAAAAACGGACUGCAGUCUUUUCAAGGGACAGAUAUGUUACUUUUGGCUUUGAGCGCCUCUGAUCUCCUGCUCCUCAUCUGCCUGCCCUUCCACACCGCUGCUAUAGCACUCGGCUACUGGCCCUUCAGCAGGUUGCUGUGCAAAGCCAUCAGUUUCCUGGGCGUGGCCUGCAGCUCGGCGAGCGUGUUGACACUAGCUGCAUUAGCUGUGACUCGCUACCUCAUUGUGGUGCACCCCACCUGGACAUUUCGUUUAAGAAUGCAGCGCUGGCUACGCUUUUCUGCGAUCCUUAUGUGGGUCCCGGCAAUCGCCCUGGCUGCACCUCAGUUUGCAUUCCGCACCGUGAGAUCCGCUCCAAUCUACUGCUUUGCCUUUCUAUCGAAUCUCAGUCAGGUGGUCUACUGCACCAUUUUGUUCCUGUUUGGCUUUGCUCUGCCCCUUAUUAUAAUCGUCAUCAUGUACGGCAAACUCUACAGAUUCCUACGGAGGACGCGGAUGCGAGGUGCUGCGCCACAGCUGGAACGCUACCAACGGCAGGUCACCCAGACGUCGGCUCUGUUGGUGUUGGUUUUUACCAUCUGCUGGCUGCCAUCCUACAUCCUCAUGUUCUUGCUGGCUUGUGGUGUGCAAAACAUACGGGUGGACUUCGCCAUCAUUGCCCGCUUGUUGGCCAGCUCCUCUGUCAUAGCCAAUCCGGUGCUUUAUGCUUUUAUGUCUCACAAGUUCCGGCAAAAGCUGUUGGUACUGGGACGAAUGCGCUGUGGAGGCUGUAAGUGUGUGCCAGGAAGAGCGAUAGUUCAGCCCUUCAACCCGGUGGAGCGGGACACUUUUCCCUAACCAUGCCAAUAAAUGAAGUACUGGAGAGACCAUCAGAGGCUUCAAAUAUAUUUAUGCUAUAAAAAACUAAAUCAAUGGGACUAAUGAUGUACUGAGAUAAAAUGUGGUUUGAAUCACAUUGAUUUGUUCUGCCAUAACUAAAGGGUCAGUAUUGUUCACCCAAAAAUGAAAAUGAUGUCAUC